AUGUCAGGCGGCGCGGCGGAGGUGUCCUGGAAUUACCUCCCGGGCACUAAGGUUGUUACUUGGUACACAGAUGACGAUGUGUGGCAUGAGCGAUACAUUCUCCUUCCUGGUGAGACAGCUGGUCACUAUUGGGUGACCACCCCGGACGAGGAUGUCUAUGAAGAAGACCUUCGUGGGGGUGCAAGCGAUGGAGCCGAACGGGUCCGGGAAGUGCCUCCGGGAGUCCGAACCCUCGCGAACCUCAGACGUGGAGUUUAUCGGUUUCGUGAAGAGUGGGGGGAAGAUUGGAUGAGAGAUAAGAUCCGGGAAGCAUUGCGGCUUCAUCAGGCCGCUUACCCAGGAUCGCGCCGGCCUACUCCAUCCGAAGUCCUCCUUCGAGACGGUCAACGAUUGCGCUUUGAAGACUUUGUGGAGGUGACUUCCCGACGUCGCUUGAUUGGUAAGGGACCAGUCCACCGCUCUCCGGUAUCCCCCGUAGCGGAUGGCCAUUCCGGUCAGGGCUUCCAGGGCCCCACAGCGCUCUUGGGAGUGAAGAACUUGGGAGAGCUUCGGCCCUUGCGCCCCGCUACAGCUGGAAGUGCUUGGAUACGUCUUCCCGAGCCCCGAACAAGCGGUGAAGGACCUCCCGUAGAGAUUCUAGUGGAAGAGGGGCUCGGGGUUCAAGCGGGCGACAGGCAUGGGUUGUACCGGACCUCGGGGGGAUGGGUGUCACUCAUCUUGGUGAGGCUUGAUGAGCUCCAGGCCCUUUUCGAAGCAGAGGCGAUUCCGGAGGCAGGUCACUCGGGAUCCGGUAGACCGACGGUCGCGGAGGAGAUCGACGAGGGUGGUGAGCCUUUGGAUGCCAGGGUUUUGACGGUCGACUACAACGCCGUCGGUGAACGAUUCAAGUCAUGGCGGUGUGUUUCGAACGAAGUGAAACAGUACCACUAUCAGGAUUGGCCUUUGGAAGGUCCGAUGUCGGCGGGCCACUUGGUAAGGCAUUUCUUGAAUUUCGGAGGAGAUCCCAAGCGCUGGUUAGUCGAAUGGUUUCGGGCCAAGGGCAUCCACGAACACGACCGCGUGGCUCACGAAAUGAGAUGCCUCAUCGAAACCGUCUACACAGCAGGGGUUUACGACCAACUCAACCUCUCCUCCCUGGCAUCGAUCGAGAUAAUAGCCCGACGAAUCCAAGCAGUCGUCGACGCCUAUGCGUCGGGAAGCGGCGGUGUGCCGGAUUGGACCUCGGCGCGAGUGAUCACAUCAUACCGAGGACCCGAUGAUGCUAUUGCGCCUGCUUUGCGAUCCUGGGCGGCACGGAAGAGCAAAGAGGAAUCCGACCUUGCCCAGGCCCGCGCCAAAGCGCGAGAUCAGCGCAAGGGCCUGGCGGCGGUCGAGGAGUCCGCCGCCGCAGUCGCUGAUGCGGUGUUACCAGAUGUCGGGGCGAAGGCCAAGGCCGGUGCUAGGAGAUUGAGCCGGGAGUCUCCCCUUUCGGAUUGCAAUCCGGCACUGGACGCCCGCACUGGUCUCCUUACUCUCGCGAUAUCUUUCCCCUUCCUCUACCGAGGCCGUGAUGGCCCUCAACUGGAUGUGGGGGGCGAGGUAGCCCUCAAGGAGCUGCUCCGUGGUCGCUCCGAGUACGGCUCGGAGCCGCCUACUACACUGGCCACCUGCUCCAUCGAGCGCAUUUCCCUCCCUGAGUCCUUGCAUGGCGCGCCCGCCGUGGUGGACAUCGUUGAUGAGGAGGCGCGUCGGAGAGACGCGAGAAUGUACAAGAAAUUCAUCCGUAUGCUCGACAAGGCUGGAUACUUGCAGUACACCCAGCUCAUUCUAGAUGCAAGGGGCACGAACCGUAUGUUCCGUGCCCCGCCCGGGGUCGACUUGCUGACAUCCGACGGGUUCUCACGCAUUGAGCUCGAGAUCCCAAACCAUUUGCAGCCAGGAACCUCAGCAUACGACCGCUACCUGGAGAAACACCGCAUGAGCAUCGGCCUCAGCGAUGUCAAAGACUGCUUCCAUCGAUUGCGACAACCGGAGUGGAUGGUGCCAUACUUUGCACUCGACCCCGUACCCGCGUCUUGGCUACGCCUCCAAGGCACCUACUUGGACGGCAUACUCCUCGAGCCGAACAGUUUGAUUUAUCCGUGUGCGGGGUCCUUGGUAAUGGGGUUCACAUGGUCUUUGUAUUUCGCUCAGCGGGCCAAUGAACAUCUGAUGAGUUUGGUGCCCGGUUUACGCGACUCAACCCUGGUGCAUGACAGGUCCUAUGCCAUUGUUUUCGGAGAGGCGAACCACCCCAACGAGGAGGAGGCCACCUACGCGGAAUCCAGGGGUCAAGAACCUAGUUGGGCACCGGAUGGCAGUAAGAGGGUACAUCAUUAUGUAUAUGUUGACAACCUGGGGAUUUUGAGCCUCGACCAUGACACCGUUGAGACAAGCCUCAAACAGGUCGACGAAGUGUUCAGCUCCAACCACCUGAUCUUGCAUCCAGGCGAGGUCUCGAAUGCAAACACCCGUGCGCUUGGUUGUGAUCUGAGAGGCGAUCUGUUAGCGAGCAGGGUCACACCGGAAAGGUAUCAUCGGCUCCGUCAGGCCAUCACCGGGAUUUUGCGCCGAAAACGAGUGUCCGGUCGAGUCUUGGAGGUUUUGAUUGGGCACGCAACCUUCGUCGCGCUCAUGAAUCGUCCCGUUCUCAGCGUUUUCAACACGGUGUAUCGUUUCAUCAAUGCCAACUAUGAGAAGCCCAGCAUUUUGUGGGAAACGGCCCGACGGGAGCUAGAGGUUUUUCGUGGGCUCAUGGUGUUUCUCCACGCGGAUUGGGGGCGACCGUGGAGUCCCUACGUGAGUGCCUCUGAUUCGUCCUUGGAAGGGUACGGUGUAGUGACCUCUUAUUGGGAUCCUGGAGAUGUUGCCAGGGUGGGGCGAAGGCCUGAACGGGGCCGCUUCAAGAGGUUGGGUGUCCACUCAGCCCGUGAGGCCGCGCUCACUGCCGCAGGUUUUGAGCGGGAUGCACUCACCCAACAAUGGCGCGCAGGAUGGUUGGACAGCUGCGACUACUUGGCUAAGAGCGGCUGGGACCUCAAUCGCGAGUUUGACGAGGUUCCCGGUCAUCUUCUUCGUGCUGAUCUUUGGAGUCCUAGUCUUUGGGGUAAAUGGGAUUUUGAGGCGAACAUUCUGGAGUUGGAGGCACGAGCCUUAGUGAAAGCACUGAGGCGAACAGCUGUGAGUGUAUUCGGACAUGAUGCUCGUGUGCUCUUUCUGACCGACAACAUGAGCGUUUGUUUGGCCUUCGAUCGAUCUAGGGCAAGGAACUAUGCACUGCUAAAGCAAAUCAGGAGAUUCUCUGCUUAUUGCUUGAGCCGUAAUCUUUCUGUGUCGGUGCGGUGGGUGCCAUCGGAGUUGAACAGUGCUGACGAACCUAGCCGGGUCCAUAGCAGCGAUGCCUCCAAGAGUCUAGCUCAUGUCAUCCCAGCUGUCCGCUGGGCCAAGACGCACGCCCGUGCUGAGACGACCGGAAGUGGAACCGUUGAAGCCGAUCCCCAAGCACCGUUUCCUGAAGAGGCCGGCCGAAGAGAUCAGCACCAGCAGGUCAUCUCAGAAAUUAGCGCGUUUCAGCGGAGCUUUGAGGGAGGAGACUUCGCAAUCCAGCACCAGCUCGACAAGGAGUGCCCCUCGGAAGAAGGCACAAGCUCGGGCACUCCGCCGACGAAUCCGUCGGAGGGGACGCGCGUUGGUAAACCACAUUCUGGGAGGGAAUCAACUCACACUUUUGGAGAGCAGCGCAGUGGCAGCAACCACCUCCAAGCAGUACGCGAGGGAACUCCUGGAUUUCAAACAGUUUGCGGAACCCCGCGGCCUUUCGAUGGAACAGGCGGACAACCUCGAUGCCCACCUCCUGGACUACUUCAACCACUUGUACCAGGAGGGACACCAGAGCUACAGAGCAGAUCGUCUCAUGGCGGCCAUUUUGCAUCACUACCCCGCUUACGGGCGGAUGGGCGACAAGAAGAUACCUCGGUCAUGGAGGGCACUGAAGGGAUUCCGAAAACUCACUCCGGGACGCAGCCGAAUGGCUUUCCCGUUGGCCGUAUGGGCCGCGGUGGCAGUGGAGCUGAAGAGAAAGAAUCUUCUGAGAAUGGCACUUUUCUGCCUCGUAGCCCUGAGCAGCUACGCUCGGCCCUCCGAACUCCUGAGGGCGAAGACGUUUUCCUUAGUCCGGCCCGCAAAUGGAGUGACGAAGGUAUGGUCGCUUCUCUUGAGCCCAGAAGAGGAGGAAGUUCCAGCGAAAACCGGCGAUUUCGACACUUCAGUGCUGAUGGACUCGCCGUGGCUGGCCGGAUGGGCCGAAGAACUCUUUGCUUGGCUGAAGCGGUCCCACCCCACGCAGAGGUUAUGGGACUUUACUUAUCCUCAGUACAACCAGGCGUUCAAGGAGAUCUCCGCAACAUUCGGCUUCACAAUCACGCCUUAUCAAACCAGGCACAGCGGCCCGUCCAUAGACCGGUCUCGCAAUCUCCGCUCGCUGCUGGAAGUUCAGAAGAGAGGCCACUGGAAGGCGCACAAGUCUGUCACCAGGUACGAAAAGGCAGGGCGGUUAGCCAAAACAUGGGAAAUCCUGCCGCCGCGAUUUCGCACCCACGCCCUCCUGUGCGAGCGCGACCUUGGGGCAAUUCUUUUGGGCCGAACGUCGGUCCCCCGUUUUACCGAAACCGCGACUUGA